AUGGCGCUAAACGAUGCCAGAGCAGACCCUCCAGCCUUCACCAACGGGGGGCGCCACUCUCGCUCCUGCGGCAGCGUCCACUCAUCUCCUAAAUCCGAGACGACGGUUUGCAACGGCAAAGAUCCGCUAACGGCAGCUUCCAGCGGGGACUCCGUCACCACUGACAACGAUGACGACAGCAGUGGCAUUGAUAAAACGAGUGAAAACCCUCACAAACCGAACAAACCAAAGAAAAAUGGCAGCGUUGUGAAGCAGAACGGAUUGUUGAAACACAUUUCAUCUCCUAAAAGCCAGCAGGCUUUACCUCUCCAGCCCAGAGGUGUUUGUUGUAAACAGUGCCACUACCCCUCCGUCCUGCCCUUAUGUCAGUGUGGUCAGCCGGACUGCCCGCUGUUCAACACUCUCCCGGUGCCUUGUGUGAGGGCCGGGAGCUCCCAAACCUGCCCGUGCUGUGCUCCACCAUGCAGCUACCCACCCCAGUUCCCUCCCACACUCUGCACUCAGCAGCGACACCACCAGCAGCAGCGGUGGCAAGAGCAUCUGCACCGGCACGCACACGGGCCCAACCUCAGAAAAGGAUUUAAGAUGAGGGCACCAUGGCUAAUACUACUGCAUGGAUCUGCAGGUAACAUGAACUAA